AUGGCCAGCAAUCCUUCACGCCGGGCGCAGCUUCGCGGAGCCGCCGGCGCGUCCCCUUGUGAGGGCGCCGAGGGAGCAGCGCUUCCGCCUUCGCUGUUCGCCAAGGGCCCCUUCCCCUUCCGCGCUGCCCUCCUCGCCUCCGCCGCUCCCGACUCGCUUCCGCCAGGCCCUGGCGGGGCAACGCAGUCGGCGGGCGUCGAGACGCCGGCGCAGCGCCGCCAAGCAGCCGCUCCGCCGUCGGACGGCGGUCGGACUGAAGCCGCCCAGUGCGCGGAGGGCGCGGAGGAGAGGGGCGCGAGUGACGGCAGCAAGGGCUUGGGCGGGCCGAGGCGAGGGCUGACGUGUUGGAGUUGCGGGGAGACGUUUGAUGACGUGGCGGAGCAGCGCGCGCACUUCAAGAGCGACUGGCACCGCCUCAACGUCAAGCGCCGGGCAUGUGGGCGCGCAGCGCUGUCGGAGGAGGCCUUUGCGGCGCUGCUGGACGCCAGGCGCGCGGGGGAAGGGGGGGGGAAUGGGGGGAGGAGCCGGGGCACGCAGGGCAGUGCGGAUGCCGGCGCUGCUGUGCGCUCUUCCCCCCAGGUGCGCUCUUCCCCCCAGGUGCGCUCUUCCCCCCAGGUGCGCUCUUCCCCCCAGGUGCGCUCUUCCCCCCAGGUGCGCUCUUCCCCCCAGGUGCGCUCUUCCCCCAAGGUGCGCUCUCCCCCCCAGGUGCGCUCUUCCCCCCAGGUGCGCUCUUCCCCCCAGGUGCGCUCUUCCCCCCAGGUGCGCUCUUCCCCCCAGGUGCGCUCUUCCCCCCAGGUGCGCUCUUCCCCCCAGGUGCGCUCUUCCCCCCAGGUGCGCUCUUCCCCCCAGGUACGCUCUUCCCCCCCAGAGGAGGGCGCAGAUCUGCUGCAGGCGCUGGUGGCGCUGGGGGAGGGCGCAGGGGCGGCGCAUGGGGGAGCAUUCAGAGGAGGGGGGGACGGAAGCGCGGAGGCUGGGGAAACGGAUGGGGGAAGGAGCAAGAGGGGUGGGGGGGUGGAGUCAGCGAGGGGCAAGGCAGGCGGGGGUGCAGCACAGGUGGAGGCGGGGAGAGAAGGCACGCUGGUGGGGAAGUCGGGGGGUCAGGAGAGGGGCGACGGGGGGCAAGGCGGGGAGCGCGUGUGGGUGGUGGUGCUGAGCUCGGGCGGCCACUUUGCCGCCGUGGUGGUGGACGCCGCCUCCCACGGCGCCGUGCUCGCCCACCGCUCCUUCCACCGGUACGUGGUGCGAGCCAAGGCGGGCGGGCGCCAGGCAACGAGGGACGGAGCGGGCAGAGCGCCGCAGUCAGCGGGGGCCAGUCUGAGGCGCUACAACGAGGCGGCUCUUGUCAAGGACAUCCGAGCCCUGCUGCAGCACUGGCAGCCCUACCUGGCGCGCGCACAGUUCAUCUUCGUACACGCCACCGCACUCAACCGCGCUGCACUCUUCGGCACCGCGGCAGAGGCUCACGCUAGUCGGGGCACAGGGGGGGCUGUGGCGGGGUUGCUGGCGGCGCGCGACCCGCGCGUGCGGCGCGUGCCCUUCCCCGGGGAAGAGGGCGGGGCGGCGGGAGUGGAGUGUGGGGAAGGGGAAUCGGGUGCUGUGGGUGGCGGCAAGGGGGUGGCGGCAGUGAGGGCGCGGGAAGAAAGGGCAGAGCAAAGGGAGGCGGUGCAGGGAGAAGACAGGGGGCUGGAAGACGGGAUGCAGGACACAGGAAGAGACGGAGAUGGGCAUGUGGAGUUGCAGGGAGAUGGGGAAGGGCAGGAGAGAGGAGAGGCGAGUGGGGCCAGUGGAGGGGAGGUGCAGGAGAAGGAGGCAGCGGGGCAAGGAUGGGGGAGAACGGCACUCCAUGUGGCAGCUGCUGCAGGUGGGGUGGGUGGAUUCACUGGGCUGCACGACUGCAUUGCUUGCUUCAUGUGUGUUUGCCGCAUUUGCAUCACACUCAUCACGCCCAUCACACUCAUCACGCCCAUCACACCCAUUCUAAGCAACCACGCGGAGGUGGCUCGCCUGCUGCAGCAGGGCAGUGACCCCACGGGGCGGGACGGCAGGGGGCGAGUGGCGUACGUGGUGGCGGCCAACAAGGCCACGCGGGACGCCUUCCGCCGCCACAUGGCAGCCCACCCGCAGCAGUGGGACUGGCACGCCGCUGCUGUGCCCAGCGCCCUCACUGAAGAGCUCCAGGCCUCCCAGGCCGCCCGCCAGGUGGGGGGGGGAAUGGUGGCGGAGAGGAAUGAGAGCAGAGCAGCGCGGUGGGCGGAGAAGGAAGCGAAGAAGAAGGCAAAGGAGAAGGAGAGGAGGCAGAGGAAGAAGCAGGAGGAGAGAGAGCGCAAGGUGGGGAUGGGGAGGGUGGGAAUGCUUAGUGGUCUAAAUCACACACUGUCUAGGCUGGAUAGAUGGUGUGGGGGGUUGCUCCACCCGCUACUGCUGCUAUCAGCCUUCCCCUUGCUCUCAUCGCACUGCCCCAACCUCCUUAAUCAAGAGCACAACCAUUCUCAUGUAAACUCCUCCCCCCUGAUGCCUCAUGCCUGUUUCCCUUCCUUCCGCCAUCCUCAUCCGUGCACCUCUCUCCCGUCCUUGCAACGCAUCUCUGUGUGUACAACCGUGCCUCGCCCCUCACCCCUCCCCCCACCAACCCCGUGCCCCGAGCAGCAGCAAGCCCUCCACCAGAGCGCGCCACCAGCGCCAUCGCCGACACACGCAUCGCCUGCAGAGACUGUAAGGCGCAUGCCUCCAUGCUGCCUUCCUCUCCCUUUCUGCGUGCUUCCUUUCGCCCUCCAUGUGCUGCACUGCACGUGCCUCCGGUCACUGUGUCGCCUUGAGUCUAACCACUGCCUGCUCAAGCCUCCUGCAGCCACUCAUGCAAAUGCUGACGAUUUUGUUCCGUGGCUUGGUGACGCGCCUGCACGCAUGUACCGUAUCUGUGCUGUGCUGUGUGGUGUGCAGGAGGAGCAGAGGAGGGCGAGGGAGAGGGAGGAGAGGGCAGCAGCGGCGGAGAGGCGUGUGCAGCAGCUGGCCGGGGGCACCGCUGCGCCUGCCACGGCCCACCAUGCCUCCCCCGCCACCACUGCUGCAGGCAGCUGCUGCGACUCGUGUGGAGCAUCGCUGGCGGGCAGGACGCCCUUCUCCCGCCUCGCCUUCAACUACUGCACCACUGCAUGCGUGCGCGCUCACAAGACCGUCCUUGACGCCCUGUAG